AUGAUGACGUGCCGUCUGCUGUGCGCCCUGUUGGUGCUUGCCCUGUGCUGCUGCUGCCCGUCCGUGUGCGUUUCAGAUUCUACGGAGGAAACUAUUGUUGUUGUUCUUGAGGAUGAAGAGCAGGGCGGCGGUAUGUCGCCUCCUCUACCACAGCCACCAACUGCUAAGCCGGAUGAAGCUAUUGUAGGCGCUCCCAGUCGACCCCCCCGUGCAACAGGAACACCACCUGUUCCCGGUCAGUCAGAUCCUUCAAAAAUGGGGUCCGUUGCAAAGCCGGGAGAUGAUGUCGGAGAGGGAUCAGGAUCUACCAGUACGGAAGAUCUGGGACCAAAUGGAGUGCCCAAUACGUUACAGGCAGAUGUUAAUAAGGAUACGACAGGGCCACCCAGUCACAAGAGACUAUCCGAGGAACGGGCAAAUAGUGAGUCUGAAGAUUCUACCGAGGAGACCACUACGACCACCACCACUACAACACAGGCACCAAGCACUACGACUACAGAGGCGCCAACUGCGAUGACCACCCGCGCACCGUCACGUCUUCGCGAAAUGGACGGCAGCCUCAGCAGCUCUGCGUGGGUGUGUGCCCCGCUGGUGCUCGCCGCAUCCGCGCUGGCGUACACCGCUGUGAACUGA